GCAGCUAAAACCAACCUCCGUACUUGGGGUAGAAAGCCGGAUAUGUUUGCAUGAUGCUUCAACAGCUCAGACUUCUUCUUGUUGCACCGACAUCAUUGUUGUACUGGACACCGCAGCAUAGCAUAUACCGUCCUUCCCACAACUUCAAGUUCCUACCGGAGUACCGGAGCGAAGCUUCAGGAGGAAUGGAGUUUUUGGACAAAAUCCUGAACGUGCAAAUGGCGAAGCGAGUACAGGUCAUGCAAGAGCCUACGGGGAUUCAGUUUGCACCUCCUGGCGAGCAAAGCGAUGUUGUCAACCUGGCUCACGGGUUUCCUGACUACCCACCACCGGACUUCCUUCUCGAUGCACUCCAGGACGCCAUCACCUGUAAUAGCUUGCAUCAGUACACUCGAGGAUACGGUCAUCCGCCACUAGUCAAUGUCCUGUCCCAGAUGUACUCUCGCUUAAUCGGUCGAAAGAUUGACCCAGAAAAUGAGGUGCUGGUGACAGUCGGUGCUAUAGAAGCACUGUACACAGCGUUCCUUGGUCUAGUGAACCCUGGGGAAGAGGUGAUCAUCAUCGAGCCCUUCUUCCCUUGUUAUGAGCACCAGAUAUUGUCGGCAGGAGGAGUGCCAGUCUUCGUCUCCCUCCGCCCUAAUAAGAAAGGCCUAAUUUCAAGUGCUGACUGGGUUCUGGAUCCGAGGGAGCUCGCUUCUAAGUUCAAUUUUCAGACCAAGAUGAUUCUCGUCAACAACCCACACAAUCCACUCGGGAAGGUUUUCACCCAGGAUGAGCUAGAAAUGAUUGCGGAGCUGUGCAGGAAGCACAAUGUUAUCUGCGUAAUGGAUGAAGUUUACGAAUGGAUUGUUUAUGAUGGAAUCGAGCAUAUUAGAAUGAACACGCUUCCUGGUAUGUGGGAAAGAACUAUAACUUUAGGAAGUGCCGGGAAAGCAUUCGGCACUACUGGUUGGAGGGUAGGUUGGGCUUAUGGCCCUGAGAACCUGCUUAAAGGACUAAAAAUGGUGCACCAGAACUGCAUCUACACAGUCAGCACUCUCAUGCAGGAAGCAGUGGCUGUAGGUCUUGAGAAACAAAUGGGCCGGACGGCAGAUCCCACAGGAUACUGGAAGAACCGCCAGUGCCAUUCGCUCCAGAAGAAGCGCGACUUCAUCUACGGAUUCCUCGGAUCCCUCGGCGUGACCGCCACCAUUCCCCAAGGAGCUUACUACAUUUUUUGUGACUUAUCAAAUCUAGCAUCAAAACUAAACGUACAAGGCAAUGAACACGAGCAGCACCAGCUCACAGAAUGGUUGUGCAGAAAAAAGAAGCUGAUGGCCACUCCUGGUAGUGUGUUCUAUAGUGAAGAUGCCAAACCCCUUGCUAAGGAUUUCAUACGAAUUUGUUACGCGAAGGAAAGCUCAACUCUUCUGAAAGCUGCUGAUAUACUGGAAGGAUUGAAGACAAUCUUGAGUGGAAAUUAGACCACACCAAGGAGUGUGAGGGCAAAAUGUUGCUUGUCAAUGACAGCAAAUCAUUGAUAAUUACUAAAGAAUAUGAUUGAUUUGUUACAUUUCUGAGUUUAUCUCGUAGAGGCUACACUUUGAAUUCUUAUUACUUUGCUUGUCACCGGUGUGUUAACUAUAAUUAAAGA